CCGUAGUGCUCACAUCAAUCCUUCAGUGCGUUCAGCGGCGGCAUUCAAGGAAUUCGAUUCGACCUUGUGGGUCCUCUCCGCGUCCGACUCCGGUCUGGGGUUGUUGGGGUGGAGCCAAGCACGAGUCCACACGAGCUUGCCCAAAUUUCCUGGAGAACCAUUUGAACGUUACAAGAAUGCCAAGCGAUGGCAUGUGACAUACGUCAUCCUCAUAAUAGAGCUAUCUGCAUGCGGGAAAAGGCAUGUCUAUCAGGUGACAAUGCUCCAAUUACCGUUAGGCCGCAUGCCGUUCACUGUCCCCGCAACACAACAGACAGGGAUCAAGUGAAGGGCCUCCAACGCGCGGACUAAGUCUCUCCGCAAAGUACCCCACUGUAAUGCGGUGACUAUAUAGUCUUCGCGCAAGAGCCCGGAGUUGACCAAGAGGCUUCGCCACCCACCUAAAUCUCGUCAACUUCUUGUCAACUGCUAACCUCACUGCUAAGCACCGCCAAUCAUGGCUGCUGACGCGAAGGAAUUCGAGACUGUCAACUCAGGCCCACCUGCCUACAACGAGAAGAUCGAAGACUCUACUGCAAAGCACGAUGAGUUUCCUGGGGACACUGGCCGCCGCCAGUCGGUCGCUCUUAACAUCGUCGAGAACCCUCUGAAGCGCAAAUCGCAAGAACAAGCCGUCUCUGAUGCCAGAGAAUGGGCUGAGGCCCAUGGUAUGCAGGAGCAUGCGUCGCUAUUCGGAAGGGCUGCCUUGGUUGCACGAGACCCGGAGCGUUUCGAACGCAUUGGUGAGCUUGAAGCUGAUGAGCUCGAGGCUCUGAAAUACGAGCGCGACCACAAGUGGCACGGGUCGAAGAUGCUGUGGUACUCGAUCUCACUCUGCGCUAUCGGAGCUGCUACUCAAGGAUGGGACCAGACUGGUGCGAACGGUGCCAACUUAUCGUUUCCUAAGGAGUUCCACAUUGAUCAAGGCGCAAAGAACGAGUGGAUUGUCGGUCUCAUCAAUUCCAUCAUCUUUCUGACUGCUGGCCUAAUUGGUGCCUUCAUCGUCGACCCGCUCAACCACUACUUCGGACGACGUGGUGAGAUUUUCAUCACCGCCCUCUGUCUUACUGCUACUCCCAUUGGAUCCGGCUUCGCCAAGUCAUGGCAAGGACUCUUCGCCGCGCGUUUCGUGAUGGGCAUUGGUAUCGGCGCGAAGAACGCUACUGUCCCUGUCUACAGCGCGGAGAUGGCACCAGCCCGUAUCCGCGGUGCUCUUGUCAUGUUCUGGCAGCUGUGGGUCGUAAUUGGUAUCUUCUUGGGUUUUUGCGCCAACAUUAUCGUAAAAGAUACGGGUGACAUUGCAUGGAGAUUGCAGUUGGGCUCUGCCUUCAUCCCAUCGUUUAUCCUCGGUGUUGGUAUCUUCUUCUGCCCUGAGUCCCCCAGAUGGCUUAUGAAGCACGGAAAGAUGGCCAAGGGCUUCAGGUCGAUGGUCAAACUGCGCGCUCACAAGAUCAUUGCGGCCCGUGACUACUACUACUCCAACGUCAUUUACGCUGAAGAGCUUCGCGUAGCCGGCGACAGUAAUUACUUCACGCGUCUCCGUGACUGUUUCACCGUCCCACGAAUCCGCCGCUCCAACUACGGCGCCUCAACAGUCAUGCUCGCCCAGCAGAUGUGCGGAAUCAACAUCAUCUCCUUCUAUUCGUCCUCCAUCUUCGAGAAAGUCGGGUACACCGCCGAACAGGCCCUCUACGCCUCCCUCGGCUACGGUGCGGUUCAGGUCGUCUUUACGAUUCCCACGCUGUUCCUUAUCGACACUAAGGGACGCCGAACACUGUGUUUGAUCACAUUCCCGCUUAUGUGCCUUUUCCUGCUCGCCGCUGGUCUUUCCCUUCUGAAGACAGACGGCUCUCGCGGCGAAAAGAUCGGCCCUGUGGUGUUGUUCGUCUAUCUCUUUACUAUCAUGUACUCGCUCGGCGAAGGACCGGUCGCUUUCCAGUACUCUGCUGAGGUAUUCCCCACGAUUCAUCGUGAGCAGGGCAUGGCCUGGGCUGUCUGCAUCAACAACACGUUCGCCGGCAUCCUCGGUCUAACCUUCCCGCGUAUGCAGACCGUCAUGACGCCGACGGGUGCUUUUGGCUUCUAUGCUGGGCUGAAUCUGAUCGCGUGGUUUAUGAUAUUCUGCUUUGUGCGAGAGACCAAGCAGCUCACGCUUGAGGAAAUCGACCAGGUCUUCUCGGUUCCAACAAAGCAGUUCAUCGGUUACGAGAUCAAGAUCUGGCUGCCGUACUUCAUCAAGCGCCACCUCCUCCGCAAGAAGAUCGUCAAGCCGCCGCCAAUCAUCGAGAAGGCUGAGAGCGCCGACUCUAUCCCUACGGCUUAGGUGCGCAUAACGUGAGAUAAGCGUGGUUUUGUUAGCUACUCGGUGCUAUCUGCCUCGUUGUGUAGGCCGCAAAUUUGGAGAAUAGACUUGGUAACUGUAGAUUCUAGAGUCAGCCUUGUGAGGAAAGACGAAAGCGGUUUUGACGAUAAACUGUUACGAUACCCAUACGAUAAUAUGAUAUCCUCUCUACUUUAUCAGGCGUCCCAUUGCCGUGCAGCUGUUCCCUCUACUUUUCAGCUCA